AUGGAGCACCACCAAAGUGCCAGCAUCACCUUCACCCUCACCAUGGCCGAGCAGACCGAGAAGGCCAAGGCCACGGUCAAGGCCAAGGGCGCAGCACCCCUGACCGAGGCCAUUCUUUCCGCCUCCGAGGAGAGCUCGGGCGAAGAGGUCUCAGGAGACACUGGCGACGAGGACGAGGACGAGGACGGCGACAACAACAACAACAACAACAACAGCGGCCUGUUCACCAAGGACGGCCGGUGCCAGCGAUGCCUCAGGGUCUUCGCCCUCAACAAGAGGGCGGACCACCGAAAGGUCCACUGCCUCCAGGGCAAAGACGGCGUGGCAGUCCCCGACGCCAACAGGUGCGCCUACUGCGACCGGCGGCGGCAGAAAUGCAUCGUGGCAAAGGAGCCAUGCCGCAAGGGGCUCAACACUCUCGGGUGCCUCGUGUGCAUCCAGGGCGGCCGGUGCUGCUCCUUCAAGAAGACCUUCAAGCACCUGCGGCUCAGAAAUGUCCGCAUCCACCCGGCAAGCGCACCAGCGACCUAG